AUGUCAAUGAUAAAAGUUCAACAUUUUGCCGAUGUUAAUCUGGUUGAUCAGAUACCCAGUGUAUCAUUAGCAGCAGAAGAAGUAAAGAAAUUGGAAGAAAAUGUUGGUUCUCUAAUUUCUACGAAUGGUUGCUUUUCCACUUCACAAGAUAUUAACGUCACCUUAAUUUUCACUGGAGCCGACAGCGAUGAAGUGAAAAGUGUUCUGUUUGAGGUUAGAGCAGACCCUCGACUAAAGGCCGUUGUCUUUGCUGAUAUUGAUCAGUACAGUAGUAUGAGAGGUGAGAAAGAAGUUUUAUUCAGCCUCGGAGCUGUGUUUAAGAUUGAUUCUAUUCAAUAUGAUGCCCAUCAGAGACUUUGGGUAUUGAAAAUGACAACGUCCGAUUACGGGUCGAAAAGUGUCUAUGAACAUCUCAAACUGCAAAAGAAACAAACAUAUGGAAGAUGA